AUGUCGACCCCCGCGAGAACGUUCAACAACCUGCGCAAGAUUGGCUACAUUGGCGACACCAAGCACGGUCGUCUUGUCGGCGAGGACAAGGCCGGCAACAAGUUCUACGAGAACAACGACGAACUCCCCCUGCGCACUCGAUGGGUGGACUUUAAGAAGCACGACUACGACUCGGCGCAGGUUGAGCCUGGCUGGCACGCGUGGUUGGCCUACAUGGUCGACAAGGCCCCUACCGAGGAUGCCCUUCUUCAGACCAAGACGCGGAAGUGGGAGGUCCCGCAUGUUCUCCCUAACUUCACUGCGACACCAGGAGCUUUCAAGACAUACAGCACGUAA